AUGUCGACAGACACAUGGAUUUCUCCACAUUGUGAACUCAGUCAUCUUGUUGACAUGACACCAUCGUCAUCAUCAUCAUCAUCUUCACCAUCAUUAUACAACAACGUAAAUAUGAUGCAACAAUUUUCAAAUGUGUUUAGUAAAUUUCAUUCAUCUGAAACAAAUUCAUGCAUUAUUUCCACAAAAUCUAAAGAUCCCUACUUGUACAAUAAUUAUUUGAGUCAAACAUUAAUGAAUCAGUGUAUUACUACUAAUGAACAUCAAAUACAAGAUCAUAAUAAUAGUAAUUUACAAUUAUUUCAAGAAUUUUUUCAUAAAUUUUUAAAAACUUUACCACAAUUUGAUAUGUUACAAAAAUCAUUCAACAAUUAUGAAUUAUCUUCAGAUAGAUCUAUUCAAGAUUUAACCAUGAAUCGUGGUAGUGGACAAUGUGAGUUGAAUAUAUCCGAUUUCAAUUGUAGCAAUACGACACUAGGUACAUUGCCAAGUAGUCCAUUGGAAAAAUCUAGUCCACAUGAUUCUAGUCUAGGUUAUUCUCAGCAUUUUUCAACAGAUAAUAAUAAAUCUCAUACAGAGAACCAACCAUUGAAAAAGUAUCAAAUCAGUAGUGAGAUGAAUGGAUUCUGCUGUAAUUCAGAUCAUAUUAAAAUGAAUAAAACAAGUAAUUUAUAUACCACUCUACCUAAUGAAUCAAUAUUGAACAGUAGAUAUUCUGUCAGUGGUAAUAUCAGACAAGAUUAUGGAUCCCCUAAUGAAAAAUUAACCAGUCAUAUUCCUGAUCAAUGUCGACAUUGCUCGGAACAUACUCAUGAACAGUCGACUGAUGAACAUCAUGCUAUCAAUUUGUCAAUGAAAAAUGGAAAUUUCUUUAAAACAAUACCCACUGCACAAUCUGAAAAGACAGAUCAUCAUAAUACAGAAAUGAAUGAUGCUUCAUUGUCAAAUCCAGCAGUUUAUGAAUACUACCAUAAAUUAAUACAACUCAAUUAUUUUGAAUGGUUUCGAUAUCUUCUUUAUCAAUCGUCACAAAUAACAGGAAACUCGUCUACAUCAAGUCCUAUUCCUCAUUUAUUUCAUAAUAAUCAUAUUCAUUAUCAAAAUAAUAAUAAAUCCUGUGAUGUGAAUAGCUUAAACAAUAUUAACUCUAGUUUUCGUAUCAGCCACUAUUCAAAAGAUACUGAAAAUACAAACAAAUUCGGAUGUUAUCAUUCUAGUGAAUCGGUUUCAAAUAAUUCAGAUAUACGAGGAUCUAAUUAUUCAUAUGAUUUGUCUAAUUUACCUGGUCAUAUACAGUCUAACUUCUCAGUUAAUAACUAUCAAACUAUGUUGUUAAAUCGUCUUUCAACGAUUACAUCAACAACACCUCCACUACAAUCCUAUUCACCAGUUCAAAUGACUCAUGCUGGUCUUCAUUCAAUAACAAAAGAUACUUCAAAGUUAGUCAAUGUUUGUAAUAUAAAAGCAAAGAGCUAUUCUGUCAAUCCAACUAUUUCAAAAUGUACUAAUACAAAAAAUAUUGAUCGUACAACAAUUCUCAAUGGAUCGAAUAGUUAUGCUUGUAAACUCUGUUCCAAAGUUUAUACACAAGCAUCUGCUUUGAAAAUGCAUGUACGUACUCAUACAUUACCAUGUCGAUGUACACAUUGUGGUAAGUCAUUUUCACGUAAAUGGCUACUGAAAGGACAUGAACGUACACAUACUGGUGAAAGACCAUAUUCAUGCACUGUUUGUAGUCGAUCAUUUGCAGAUCGAUCCAACUUAAGAGCACAUAUGCAAACACAUCAACGUGAAAAACGAUACUCUUGUCCACAUUGUCCACGUUCAUUUUCACGUAUGGGUCUUUUGAAUAAACAUAUGCUACAAUGUAGUCAAACUACAGAAUCAAAUCAUCGUACUAACAAUCGAAAAACUAACACGAAUACAAUUAGAACACAUAAUUCUUAUCUUCCCAUUAAAUUUGCUUGA